CGAGCCAUUCACAGUUUAGUUUUUCCGCAGUGGUGGCGCAUGGCGUCAAUUUGUAGGGCGGAAGCAAACGCUAGAGAUGUGUUUUGUUCAUAAAAACUCCGGCGUUUUGGAAACGUAAAUAAAUUUUAUGGGAAGACGGGCGUCAACAUGUCGAAGCUGCCGACCGGAAAAACCUUGUUGAGGAACGUAAUCCGCCACAGAGACGCUCACAAUAAGAUCCAGGAGGAGAUGGAGAUGUGGAAAAUGAGGGACUGGGAGAUGCAGAUGUCCCAGCACAAACAUUUGUCAGCUACUGAAUGUGUGAGGGGGCGUAUGCAUUGCGAUCGCAUGACUGAUUAUUCUAGAGCUGUGGAUCAAAGCCGAGAGUGUGUCUCAGACGGCAGCGACAGAGUGGCUCGAUACUGGACCCGCAAACUUUAUGAAUUUGAGGCCAGUGAUCCUGACAGAUGGGGACACAGUGGCUUCAAGGAGCUUUAUCCUGAGGUGUUUGAAAGUGAAGGCGAAGAAGCUGGUGGCACAAAGGAGAGUGGGCGCCACAAGAUGAAGAAAUCCAAGAGCGGCACAGAGACGCGACUAUCAAAACACUCCAAAAAGUCCCGGAAGAAGAAAAAGAAGAAAGAUGAUGACAAACAGAAGAAGGUGGAGUGUUUGAGCAGCAGCGGCGGUGGCGGUGACAUCAACGAUGGCGGUGACAGGCGGAGAAGGAAAGUGAGCAAAAGUCGACAUAAAAGUAAGAAAACGCCAAAACCCAGAGGGAGACAGGAGGACAGCAGCGAUGACGAGGAAGACAGACGAGCAUGCACUCCCAAAAAGAGAAAGUCGGACUCCAACAGAGACUCGUGUUUGGAAUCGCACAAGAAGAAGAGGAAAAACUGGAAAACGGCAGGAGAGGAGAAAUCGGACGACAGUUCCGGAGACUGAGUUUCACGAUCACAGCUCGGCUAAUGAUCCGGAAAGCGAGCGCACAUUCGUCUGCUCACCAUGGAACAGUGAACCUCAUUAGACGUCGACAAACCUGAGCACUCUGCCGUCUCUACGGACGCCGGGAUCACGUGUGCGGCCUGUGAUGGAAGAGGAAAACCAGGAGGGAUUAUGGGAGAUUUGCUUCCCGCCUGGUGGCUGCAUCAUUGACUUUUACCUCAGUUUCUGUUUAAGGCACAAUUUGAACAAAACGAA